AUGCGAUUCUGGUCCUGGCUUCGGGGAGAGCCCAGAUGCGAAUACUACUACAAAAAACGCCUUGAGGAGAUUAGAGAUCAAAUUGGCGAUGGCACUCCAAAAGAUCCAGUCAAGAAAUGGAUAACCGAGUACAAUGAUGAGGAAGCGCUGGGAUUUGCCAUUCUACAGCGCCAGCGUCGUCUAGAGAAUGAGAAACAGAUGGCGGGGGCGCACCAACAGCAACAGCAAUUCCGGCGACGACGGUGCAAGCAGUGCCAGUAUCAGGAGGAGAUGUGCAGUGCUUGCCAUGAAGCGACGCAGGCAGCAGAUGUCCCACCGUCCUACUCGAGCCAGUUCCCAGAGAAUCUCGAACGAGAUCUGGCCAAGCUGCGCGAAGAGCUUUGUAAGAAUCGGGCUCGCUUGGAGGCAAUAAGCCAAAAGCUCUCGGAUAGCAGGAGUUGGUGGGCCUUAUAUGCUAUGGUUCCACGCUGA